UGUGGUAUACUGCUUAAGAUGUGGUGCACUAGACAGCAUUUGAAUAAGAACCAGUGGAUAAGAAAGUAGUGGCUGAGACUGAGAUUUAGAUAAGCAUGAAUAGAAGCAUAGAGGCUUUUAACAUUGUGUGGAUGAGAUGUGGUUAGAGAGAGAGGUAAUGGCAGCUUCAGGUGUAUGGAAGGCAUCCAUGGUAAGAAGUGGGAGAGAAGAAGUGUAUGUAGCAGCAAUGCCUCUGAGGGCCACAAAGGGACCACCCCAGCUCCUCAUGUCUGCUGCUUACUCUCUCAAUUUCUGGAAUUUCCACCAUUUCAUGGUCAUCAUCAACAAACCCUGCUCUUUUCAGCUUUUGGUUUAUGAUUUUCAACCAAAAGACCCUGAAGAUCCAUAUGCUGCACUAGCAGUUCUAUCUGGUAGAUCAGUGCCAGGAGCUGUCCUGGUGAGGAAGCUGAAAAAAUUGCCAAGAAGUAAAUGUUGGCUGGUUGGAUAUUCAAAAGAAGACGCUGAAAAAGUAGCAACUGAAUUCAACAAAACAUGGGAAACAAGUUUGAGAGUUGGUGUUCACGAUUGUCGUCACUAUACCAACGAUUUAGUGACAGAAUUGACCGGGGAAAAAGAUGUGCUGAAAUGUUUGAAGAACAUCGUCGCUUAAAUUGGCACGGUUGAAAAGGUGCAUCACUUGGGCUUGGGUGUACUAAUUAGCAUGUGCUUUGAACAUUGAAAACUCAAAAGUCUGAAAGGAAUGAAGCUGAUGGAGCUUGCCAUAAUAUCUUGGGAAUGUCACUAAUAAUUAAGUUCAGUCAUGGUACACUACCUAUCUAUUUUGGAAAUUUUCAAUUAAGUUUCAAAGCCAUGACGUAUAUAAUGAGAAGAUAAGUGCGGAAGAAAUUAAGAAUAUUAUAUUAUUCACUGUGUCCUACUUGCGUCACUGCUCUAUCCAUUGGCGAUUAGAAUUUUUACCAAAAUAAUGAUACACCACUAAAUAAAUAAAUACUAAAUUUAGACGUGCGAAAAUAAAAUGGAUAUACAAUUUAUAAAGUAUAUAAAUUAAGUUAAUAUUUAAUAAUUAUAAAAUUAAAAAAUAUAUACUCAAAUUAGAUUUUAUAUAAAAUUAUUAAAAUAUUUAAUUCAAAUUUAUUUAUUUAAUUUUAUAUUAUAUAUUAUCUUAUUUUUAGUUUUUUGAGCAGUGACUUUUUUUUAAGAUUAUAUUUAAAUACUAUAGUAUAAACAUAAAACUAUUAGAUAAAAUAUAAAUUUAAAUAUAAUAUUUCAAUAGUUAAUAACUUAAUAUUCAAUUUUCUAAUUUUGUUUUAUAUGAUUCACGAUAAUAUCAUGUAUUUUUAAUACAUAUUAUAAUUAAAUAAUAUUAAAAAAUAAUGAUAUAUAAAUGAUAUAAUUAAUGAAUACAAUUAGAUAAAAUAUUAAAAAAAUAAAAAAUUAUAAAAGUUUAAUAUUUUAAGAAUUUAUCACCUAAUAUACAUGUUUAACAAACUAAAAAAAAGAAUUGUGAUCAUCAACAAAAGUCUACAAAUUAAAUACUUGUGCAAAACAUUAGUACGAGCGAAGAAAAAAUAAUAAGAUAUAUGAGAUUAUGUGAAAAGAGGAGAUAAAGAAGAUGUGUGAAAUAAAUGAUAAUUUAUAUAGUAAAUAUAAGAAGGAGUGAGUAUAAAUAUAAAAGAAUAUGAUGAGUUAUGUUUUAUUAUUCAAUUUAUACUUAUUAAAGAUAAAUAAAAUUAACGUUAAAACUAUAUAGUAUCCUAUAUAAAAAUAAAUAGUAAGAGAAUAUAAAAAAUAUAAAGUGAUCUAAAAGAAUAAAUGCCAUAAGAGUGAGAAAAAAAAUUAAAAAAAAUGCUAAGUUAUAAUUCUAUAUAAUAGACUAAGAAGAAGUGGUUAUAAAAGAUUAAAAGAAGAUGAUGAAAUUAUAUUUAUACUUAUUAAAGAGAAAUAAUAUUAAUAUUGAAUGCAUAUAAUAUUUUAUCUAAAAAUUAAAAAAUAUGAAAAUAUAAAAAUUAUAGAAAAAAUUAAAAAAAUAUAAAUGUUAUGAAAAUGAAAAAAAUAAAAUAGAAUUUUAAAUUAUAAUAAUAAUGAAAUAUAUGAAAAAUAAAAGUAAAAAUAUUAAAAAUAAAAUAAUUCAAUUAAAAAUAAAAAAAUUAAAAAAUAAUUUAAUUACAUAAAUAGUAAAUAAAUUGUGCUAAUUAAUUAUAUUUAAAUUGAUAUGAUAUAAUAUCAAAAAGUUAGAAGAUUAAAAAUAUAUUAUGAAAUUAUUUUAGAUUAUGUUUUAAUAUAUUAUAAAUGGAUAAAUAGAUUCUUUGGUCUCAGAGGCGAGCCUGACAAAUUAGUGUCCGUUUACUCUACAGUCUACGCCAAAGAAAUUCAAAUGUGGGUUAGGUGGUAAAAGACCGAUUCAGCUAAUUUUUUCCCAUUCAUAAUUAUUCACUGCUAUUUGAGUAUUUGGCUUCUUCCGACACUACGUGUUCGCACCACCACUACUUUCUUUCUUAUAUUUUACAUGUAAUAUGUCACUUGUAAGAGUAGUAGUCAAAAUAUUCGAGAUGUACUACUCAAGUAUUUUAAGUUUGAGGAGUGUUAGUUCUUUAAGUUUUGUAAUUUAUAAUCAUUAAGUAAUUAUUAAUAAUAUUUUUAAUA